GCUCGGCAUUCCUCCGUAUCCGCCUGGUUCCCGCGGGGAUCGCCGAAUAAUCGCUACCACGCACUCGCCCCUCCGGGCGGAAGAGUUCUCGUUCACUGCUCCGAUGGCUCUGCCACCUCCGGAUCCACAGUUUGUGCUCAGAGGUACCGGUGCUGCAGUCCACACUCUGCAUUUUUCCUGUGGAGGCCCAGAACCUGAUAUCCCCCUUCUUUUCUCUGGGUCUGAGAAUGGGAUUAUCCAUGUCUGGAACCUGAAAACACGCAGAGUGGACACAGCAUUGGAUGGCCACGGAAGAAAAUCUGUCUGCUGUGUGAAGACAAUGGGUGGUAAAGACAGGCUUCUCAGUCAGGGGCGCGACCAGAGGAUCUGCUUGUGGGAUUUAGCAGAGGGACGGACUUCAGUGAUGGAUUCUGUCUUCACGGAGCAUGUGGGAUUCUGCAGAUGCUCUCUGUUACAGGUGGCACAGGGACGCUGGCUAAUGGCCAUGGCAGCCAGAAGCCUGGAGGAGGUUCAGAUUUUGGAGCUGCCAUCCAAGACGUCAGUCUGUACCUUGAAACCAGAGGUGGGUGCCAAGCUGGGCAUGCCCAUGUGUCUGAAGUUGUGGCAGCCCAGCUGUGGUUCACAACCUGUGCUUCUGGCUGGCUAUGAAGAUGGAUCAGUUGUCCUCUGGAAUGUGUCAAUGGGAAAAGCAUUGAGCCGACUCAUUUGCCACCAGGAGCCAGUGAUGAGCCUUGACUUUGACUCGGAGAAGGCCAAGGGGAUCUCAGGCUCAUCUGAAAAGGUGCUUAGCAUCUGGAGCCUCAAUGAGCAACAGAACCUCCAGGUUUACAAAACACACGAACUCAUCAACGCUGGCAUAUCUGAUAUCACCAUCCGGCCAGACAAGAAGAUUUUGGCAACAGCAGGGUGGGACCAUCGCAUCAGGAUCUUUGGGUGGAAGAAGCUGAAGCCCUUGGCAGUGCUGGACUAUCACACAGCAGCCGCCCACUGCGUGUCCUUCUCCGAGCACAGCAGCCCCCGGGCCAGGCUGCUGGCAGCCGGCUCCAGAGAUCAGCGCAUCAGUGUCUGGUCCAUCUAUGCCCAGACGUGACACAUCCUGCACUGCCAUGCGCUAGGGAAACACGACUGCUGAGGCAACUCCAGCACUGUAAUUCAAACGUGCCUGUGGGGAAGUGGUAGAAUCUGUCUCCGGGCUGAAGUGAGAGUCCUAGGUUAAUUCUUAUGCUGCUUGUUUAAGCUAUAAAUUUUUUCUUCCAUAGAAGAAAGUGGAUUUUUAAAAUUCAUAACAAGCAGAACAAGGCCAGUCACAAAGACCAAAGUUGCUUUGGGUUCUGCUACAGGUUUUGCAACACCUUUCCUUUGGCUUGUUGCUGACAUAACUUGUGCCAAUAUCUUUUGUAAAAAUGGACUGGAAUCCCUCGAACUGCAGUGGGGGCAGAAUAUGUCUGUUUGUAAGUCAUUUAUGUAUCCAAGAAUCUGAAUCGGUGUAAAACAUCACUCUUCCUUGCAAAUUUAUACCCAUUAAACCACCUCCAGUGGUUUCUCAUUGUCAGUUACUUUUUCUUCCCCCAAACUGAAAGGCUAUCAGAACACCCUUGAUUUGUUCACACUUCUGUCAGUUUCUAACUUAAACCAACAGCCAGGAAUGUGACUAGGGAUGGCUUUCGGCAUUUAUGAAUUUCAUUAUGUCUCCUGUCACCUCAAGCCUCACAAUUAAUCACAAGAAAGAAAGGAAAAAAAUCUUCCCCAACAUUGCACUGCAAAGCUAUGUAAAGCCUUUUACAGAGCCAGUGCUAAAUCCUUUCCAUAGACUGAUGAGCUGAAGGAUUUAAACUCGACAAUCCAAUUAGCGCCCUGCUCCUUGGAGAGUCAGGGCUGAGUUUCAGCGUGGAAAGUCGGGGAUUCGGCUGCACAGCUCCCAUGAACAUUUAGGGGAAUCACAUGGGUAAAUCCUUACCCACACAGUGCAAAUGGUUCCAUUAACUUGUCAUCUCUACAGUCAUGGAAACUGAAAUUCAUUCAUGAAAGUUUUGUUGUUUGCUUCACAAAGCAGCAUUUGCAUUCUUGUAAAGCGUAUUAGACACACACCAGUGUGCUGAGAGCCAGGCUACUGCUGGAUUCUGUCACAAAGCUGCAGUGACAACUGGGUCCAGGCUGUACACUGUCGAUACUUGAUUGGAAAUAGAGAGGUGGAAAUCAAAGAAAAAGUGACCAAAAGUGAACAGCAACAUCAAAAGCUUUGAAAAUUAUUUCAGGAAAAACACACAUGCAAAUUAAGGUUUGGGUCUGUUAUCCAGCUGUGCCUUGCAGACAGAGAAUAUUGCUGGACUGAAGGCCUUAAGCACCCAGCCUGAUGUUCUUUACAUUAAAACACAGAACCAGGAUACUGUUACCAGGCUUUUCUAAGUAAAAUAUGGCCUUACACAUUUUAGAGUGUGGUGACACUUUAAAUAAUGCAUUUCUUUGAUUAUUUCUUUACUAUUCAGUAGCUGCAUGGAGGAUCACAUUGCAGUUGACAGUUAAAGCCUAAUUUUGAGUGAUCCCGAGUCAAGGGGAGGUGAUGGUGUUCAUUACAGCUACCAGACAGAGUUGCACUUCUCCACCAUCAUCCACCUCCCACACACAAGAGGAGCUGCCCCCACUGCACAAGCAGCUCCAGCCUCAGCCUUGUGGAACGAGAUGCAGUCACCCUCCACAAACCUGCUGCUGGAAGAAACCUUCUCUUUUGCUUUUCCCCCUUUCUCAAAGGAGGUCAGAAUUGACACAAAGAAACAAUGCAAUAAACAAAUGGAGAAUGUGUUGUUGCAUGUGGUUUGGGGGCCUGUCCAGGGAGCGUGCACAGAGAUUUCCUUUUGCCUGUGCUGUGUGGUACAACACACAUGGCCCAGAGGGUGCCAGCAUUCCCCCUCCAUGGCAGCAAACAGCAGCCUGCACUGCUGGGCACUUCCCACAGAAGUGAGCUGUUGGUUUAAUGCUCAUCCAGCAGGGAAAGAAAUCCAGGGCCCACCCAUCUUGGGCAAAUGCUUGGUGUAAGAAACAAUUUUUGAUGCAAAUAUUCUGGCAAUGGCACAGUGGCACCCUCUGGAAAGAAGGAUUUAUACCCCAUGCCUUACUGAGAGCAUUAUUAGAUCAGAGGCUGAAAGUCAGGAGUUAUUGAGUAUAUUGUCUCUGAAAAUUGCCAUUUACUGUCAACAUCUGUAUCUAAUGUAAUUAGGGAGACCAAUAAUUACUUAAGUUUUAGAUUUGCAAGUAUCUUUUGGAAGAUACUUUAAAGAUUACUGGGUGCUUUAAAUUACUACGUUUUGCUGAGAGUCAAAUAUUUAUGUUUGUCUGGUUAGGUAGAUUUAAAAACAAACUUAGUCAUGCAAAUACAAAUUGAAAAUGAGGACAUGAACUGCAUCUCAGACACACAAGUGAGAAUUUCAUCAGCUUCAGGAGGAAGGACACAGGCUGCAGGGCUGCUUGCAGGAACAGACCCAUCCUUUACUUCCCAUUACCAAGGCACUAUCCAUGUCAUGCCUUUUCACAAUACAAUUAAUUCACUAACACUUUAUAUCACUACUGAUUUUAUCUAAACACCCAGAAAACAGAUUUUUGUUUCACAUUAUAGUUUCCUUGAAAUGAGCAACCAGACUACACUAGUUUGAUUUAGAGUUGAGCCUAAAUGCCAUAGUUUGUGAAUUACAGUCUUCUAACAGUUUAUUUGCCUAAGGAAUUAACCUGGACUUCCCCAAAGAAGAAUGGUUUCCAACAGGAAAGACAGUAUGUGUCAAUAUAGGCUGUAAAACAUAAUUGUCUGAUAAUAACUAUAACUGUAAAAUACAGAUGUCUGAUUGCAGCUAAGAAAUUAACUUUUUUUUAAUUAAAAAAAAAUUACAGUUGUGCCAUGAACAUGGUUGUCACUCAAGAUUUCCACUGACUUGCUAGCAGAAGGUUGUGAGCAAGGAGCCACCUUAAGGUGCUGGAGUUAGCUCUGAAAUCUCACCUGCCAGAAAGGAACAGGGCUAGCCUGUACCUGGCCUGGAGGAUUCAGGAGUGAAGGUGAUGACAGCUGAAUUAUUACAAAAGGCUUCCUCCUAAGAAUCACUGUCUUUGGCACCAUGAGAGGCAAGAAAGCAACCAGCAUUCAUAAAGUAAUACAAAUAAAUCCCAAACACCAGCACUUGUGCAGCAAUUACAUGGAAUAUUUAUCACCACUUGAAUGAAUGGGAUCUCUGACCCUCUUAAGACUAUUUGCAAAUGAAUCCAUUUGUUACAACUCCUUUCUCUUAUCAGUACAUGAGCCAUAAAGCACUGCAGUCCUUAUGUAGAUGAGCAAGGAAAGAUGAGAUUGUGUUUGCAGUAAUGAGUGAAAAAGGAAGUAAGCUGGGGAUGUGUAAUGAGACAGGUGUUAAAUUUAGUCCUUUAGAAUGCAACUGCUACAGCAAGCCAAAAAAUUACUCUGCAGCUUGACUUGAACUGUUGCAAAGGUUUGAGUUUAAAAGAGCAGAUUUUUAUAGUUAAGCCAAUACUGGCUUCUGGACUGCUUUUCUUUUUAGCAUAUUUAAGAUGCAUCUACAAAGCCAACUUGCAAAUUAAUAAAUCUUUCCUUUAAUUCAGUCUGCCAAGAACAAAGAUAGAACACUGACUACUGCAGGAGCCAUGUUAGUGAUGUAAACCAAAGGACUGGGGAUUAAAUGAGGAUUACUGAGUGCUAAAUCAAUGUGUUUCCUUUUCUGGCUGUGUGUCUGUGGUGUGAAAGUGUGGAUCAUUACAUAAAACAUGGCACAUGACUGCCUGGAUUGAUGCCAGGCAAUGUUACAGCAGCGUUGAGACACAAAGUUUGAUGUUUGAGCACGACCAUUGUGCUACCAGGACAGUGACAGCCAUGACUAAGGGGAAAGGCAGGGGGGUUCUGCUAAUGCACAAUAUUCUGAAAUUCCA